UUUUUUUUUUCGUUUGCGGGAAGAUGGAAUAUGAUUGGGUAUAAAACAGCGGGUGACAUGCCGCUCUUUGUUAGUUUUUAACGGUUACGACCAAUAGCUGGUGCUCUUUCGACGAUCUCUGUCUUCGGAGAAAAAAGGAACAGUAUUCAUAAAGCGAAAUUCCUCUUACAUUGAAGAAAGAUAACAACUUCUGAACGUAUUUGCGAUUUGAAAACAAUCCUCCGAUUGGGUGUAAAGUCUCGUAUAUACAGUUUUCACACGUCUAGUUUAGUAAAUAGAUCAGCGUUGAAAUAUUUGCCGUUGGACUUAAAUCUUUUUAUAUACGCGGCUUGGAUUCGAUACAAGGAAUAUUUGUUCUUAGUUAUUUAUCUAUUUCACUUAAGAAAUAAUUUAUUGUAGAUAGUAGAGAGUGUGAAAAGUUAGUUAACUUCAAAAAAUAUUUAUUGGUAGUUUACCAUUGUAAAGACUGGCAUAUACUUUCGAGUGGAGGGGUACUAUACCGUAUUUGAAUAAUUUUAUUGGAAUUUGCGCUGCGGCCCCUUGAUUCAAAAAGAUUUUAAGACGAGUUGCAGGUGUUCAGCUUGAACCUAGGAUUUAAUCUUAAUUUUGCGAAUGAAAUGACUCCUUUAUUGACAAUCUACGUGCUUCUGCAGAUGGUUGUAAACAUUGAUGGAAAUAUAAGAGACCGGUUUCUGCUUCUAAAGCAUGCAGGCAACACUAAAGAGAGGUUCAAGGUGUUGAUUCCAGAGGAGGUUGAUUAUGGGAGAAUAUAUCGAAAAUAUCCGGGAUGUAAUCUUGGAAAUUCUUUUUAUAAACUCGGAGAAAAGUUUAAUCCCACCUUAAAUCCAGAUGGACCAUUCGUGUGCCUCAUCUGUCAGUGUGUACCGAAUAUCAAGAAGGGAAUUAUGCAGCAUAUUGGAAAUGUCAAGUGCAAAAACAUCAAGAGCCUCUGUCCUGUGCCCAGGUGCGACAACCCGGUGCUUCUGGAAGGCAAGUGCUGCAAGUCUUGUCCGGAGGAAGACGAAACAUUUGAAGAUAUGUUCAGCCUUCUACCAGAAAAGAUGUCCAAGGAAAUUGAUAAUGCUAUAAACUUGGAAGAAAAAAUACGUCAAAAAGUUAUCAAUAAAAAGUAUGUUGCACUUCUAGUCGGUCGUAACGUCAUUUCCAGACGGCCAUUGCCCACUCGUGCAGUGGCAGUCGUACAUUUACGAGUUACAACAAACAUGGGACUGCGCUUUUCCAUCAAAUACGAAGGACUUCAAAACCCAGAAAAACUCUUGCUGACAGAUACAAACGGAAAUGUUUUGAUGGAAAAACGCCUCCAAACCAGAUACCCUGACAAACAGAUAUGUGGGGAAUGGGAAAAUGUUCCCGAAUAUUACUACCGUUACCUACACAAAGGAAUAUUUCUACUGGUAAUAACAACGUCAUCUUUCAAAAAUGGCGAAAUUGCUGGUAAACCGGAAGUUGACAAAUCCAGACAGAAAAGUACAUUUUCAACGAUACUUGUAUCGCCAACUCAGUACGGUAUCGGAGGGUACGCUGAGAUGUUCUACGGCAUUCGAAGCAAAAACCUGGAGUAUACGGUCAAGUUCGACGGUCUUUAUAACACAAAACGAAGAAAGCGAGAAUAUUUUGUAACCAUAGAAAAAAGAACUCAAAUUCUUCAUAAGCAUAUAAGAAGAGUGCGAAGACGAAAGAAUAGCAACAAACUACGAGGUACUUGGUUGAAUCUUAAUAAAAAGAGCAGAAAACUUAUUGCUAAAGCCCGACUCCGAAUGAGAGUGACAUCUAAGGGAGGAACAACUAUCAUUGGGACAAUCACACCAGCUGGCACUUGUCGAGCAUUCAUAGGGGUUCUUUCAAGUGGCGAAGCACUGUUAUAUCCGCAGAUCGCAUUGUCCAGCGCAGGCUUUGCAGUGUUAAAUUUGCACGACAACGGACACAUUAGUUACGACAUAGACUUGAAAGGUAUGACCAGUCCUGUAAGGUACUUGACAAUAGAAUCUUUACCGACAAAAACAGGAAGAAGAACGAUUAUCUAUAACCUCAGUGGACAGUUCAGAAGAAAUUCCUCCUCCUAUGAUGGAGUAGCAUCAGGUGUUAUCAAAAACGUACGGGCCAAAUACAUAGCAUUACUACUGGCUGGUAGAUUAUUUAUCAAUGUGGAAACGGAGAGGAAGUCGUAUGUGGCACUUAGAGGACGAAUUGAGAGUAUUCAAUAUAGUGAUUAUAUUGACUAUGUUAAAGACUCGCCUUUUUUGAUGACGUCAUUACAAACAUCACCCACAGGAGUAGGAGGAGUGGCGUGGUUAGUUCCAGAUCAUAAAUGUCGUUUGCAUUAUCAAAUUAUCUUAUCAGGUCUUCAAGACUAUUCCUCCCUGAAUGCUCUUCUGGUCGGAGACUUUGAUUCCAAAUCGGCAUCAAACAACAAGAAUGCGAUAUAUACUCUCUUCAUACCCAAUUUUAUCAAUGGAAUGGCACGUGGUGUAAUAGAUGACAUAUCUCCCGAAGUAUACAAAAGUCUUGAUGCUGCAACAUCAUUUCUUCAGAUUGGUGUCACUGGAAUCAGAAAAGGAGAAAUUGUAGCAAACCUAAGCAUUCCCAAUUCAUGUUGGAACUUACCACGUGAUCAAACAGAGACUACAACCGCUCCUAAAACUGAACGUCUACCAUUAUUAGGAAGGGCUGACUGUAAAGAUGGGGGCAAAAUUUAUCACAAUGACGAAAGUUGGAUUCCGUCUAAAAACGGCACAUGUCGAACCUGCAGCUGUAAGAAUGGUAAUAUACUUUGUCAUCACGUGAUAUGUCCAAAGCUAUCAUGUGACAACCAAGUUCGUAUGGACGGUGAAUGCUGUCCGACUUGUCCAGAAACACUAACACAAGACAAUGAGACAUGUUAUUAUCCAGGAGAUAAGCGGCACUAUCGUGCGGGAACAGUGUGGCAUCCUUACAUUCCACCCAACGGGUACUCAACAUGUGUCACGUGUACAUGUGACAAAAUCAGCUUAGAAGUAAAAUGUAAUCAUUUACCAUGUCCAAUACUUAAUUGUCCAAAAGACAGCAUGGUUCGUAUCAAUAGGAGUGAUUGCUGUCAGGUCUGCUCAGACAGAAGUUUAUUAGCAGAUAUAAUUCAAAGUACAAGGCCUCCCACCGAAAAAAUAGGAAAUGGAGAAUGUAGGAUAGGAAAACGUGUAUAUAAAAAUAAAUCCCGAUGGCAUCCUGUUCUCAGCUCUCAUGGAAUCGUCAAAUGUGUCACAUGUAAAUGCAAAAAUGGACGAAUACAAUGCAAAAGAAGAUCGUGUAAAAAGAAGAGUUCUUGUAAAGAAGGCUCAAAGAGGAAAAAUAAAUGUUGCAGUUGUAUUCGUUAACACAUACAGCAUACAUUAACAGAAUUUCAAAAUUAAACCAUUGUGAACUCUGUGAUAUGAGAUAGAGGCAGGAGAAGCAUGGGCGUAAACACGUAGCAAAAUGAAUGGUAUGAAGACGAAGGAAUUCAGUCAUCGGAUUACCAUUUCGGUGAUAUAGGCCACAGCUGUUGACACUUCAUUCUCUAUCUAUGAUUUACUACCAUCCCCCCUUUUUUCUUCUUUAAGUAAUGAUAAUUAUCGUUAUUCGAAAAAAAUAUCUUCUUUAUGAGUCUUUCCUCGUUUCAAAGUAUUUUGAGUGCAAUAAAUAGUGUAUUUGCAUGAAUGUUCGUUUUAUACAUUUGUAUAUAUUACCUACUAAUUUCUUUGUUAGAUUACUAUUUGUUAUGUAAUAUAAUUUUAUAAGCAAUCAGAAUUGAUAUUUUCAAAUCGAUUAAUAUGUUUCUCAUUGUUUUCUACAUAAUUUAUGAUUUGAUAUGAAAAUGUGUGUAUACAAUCGUUUUAUUCAUUGUCGAUAUGAUAAUAGUUCACAUGAUUUGCAUUACUAUUCGUUCAUGUUGCGGGUUUUACUUAUAUAUUUGUAUAUGCUGUACCUUAUUUUUGCAUUGCAUGAAUAAUGAAAGAUUUGAGUGCCAAUUUUUCAUGAAGGUGUACCUGACUGAUUUUACAAUAUAUUUUUGUACAUUGUUUUUAAUGGUUUGGAAACCAUUAUUAGAACUUGUUGACAUGAAAUUAUCAUUCCAUGAUGCUAUACUCUGUUGCUAGUGUAUAUUUUCAUUGUGUAAAUAUGCAUCUAAUGUAUUUAAAACAGUUAAAUUUUGAAAUGAAUUUCUUUAUGAUAUGAAACUGAAAAAAUAAAUAAAUAACAGUUU